AUGCGCGCCGCAGAAAGAUUAAUCAGGGAGUGCCGCGAAUUUCUGGAUAAGCAUCAAGCAGGCCAAGAGGAAUAUUACCAGAGUAACUUGGACAAGUCGGUUGAGGAGCUUAUGGAGUUUAAGGCAGGUGCCAAAGCCUAUAAACAGAACAUCUCUCGAAUGCUCACAAGUAGCACACCGGGGGAGAACGCUGAGGAGAACACUCAGGAGAACACUCAGGAAAACACUCAAAGCAACAUUCAAAUCAAUACUCAAGGCGACACUCCAGGCAAUAUGCAACAAUACACAAAUGCUAAACGGAUGCGGAUAUCAAAGCCUCGAAGCAACACCGAAUCGUCGGAAGUCACACAAGAUUUGUCGACUCAACGGCGCCAAAAACGGCGGGAGGCAGGAAACAAGGCAAUAAUGGACAUGUUGGAACAGAUUGGUGAGUCAUUUGAUGACCAGGUCGAGGACGCCUUGCAGAUCCAGUAUCUGGAGCGCACUGUGACACUGCUCCAAGCGACUGUCAGGCGGCAGGAGGCCAAACUGAAUAUGAUCCUCAGGCUGUUGACUAGCAAGUAG